CGAUGAACGCUUUUUACACUAAUAUUUUUGUAAAUAUAAAAUGGGUUGAAAUGAAUUAAAAUCUACGUAGUGGUUGUGAAAAAGUGUAAAAUAUUCAUCUCAAAGCAGAAUACAAUGUGAACAUGGCUACGUCGACGACCGUAUUAGUCAUAAUAACAUUCGGGCUUCGAUGCACACUGUCGUACGGAUACGAGUUUAUAUCGAAAUAUCCAAAUCAACAAAACGAGACAUUCCAAUUUUAUCAUCUUGCUGUAGAUAGAUUAAGUGGACAAGUGUACGCCGGAUCACUGAAUUGGCUUCAUCAACUCAGUCCUGAUUUGAAGCCUAUUCAUGUCGUAAGGACUGGACCUAAACUCGAUAAUCCUAUGUGUCAUGCUAGCGGCUGCACGUCGCCCGAAAUCCAAACAUCAUGGUACGACAACGUGAACAAAAUAUUAGUGAUCGAUCAAGAAUCCAGGAUGGUGAUCACCUGUGGAUCUGUUGCCCAGGGUUCAUGUCAUAAAUACAAACUAGGCGACUUGUCAGCGGAACCAGAGUUUGUGGCAGUGAGCGUUGCGGCGAAUGAUCCAGAUGCUUCAACGUACGCCUUUAUUGGCCCUGAGCGAUAUAACUCGUGGGACCGAUCUAAUGUGCUCUAUGUGGGAACAACCUUUACUAACAACGGGGAGUACAGGCACGACGUUCCUGCUAUAUCCAGCCGUGAUCUAAUGACCCUGGAGCUUGCUCAGUUUACAUUCUCUAAACAAAGUUUAAUACAAAUAGAUGUGAAGUACAGAGAUAACUUUUUAGUGCAAUAUGUGUAUGGGUUCAAUGCCAGUGAUUAUGCAUAUUUUUUGAUAAUCCAGAAGCAUUCUCAUCUCGCUGGUAAUGAAGAACUGGGCUAUGUGUCUCGCUUGGCUCGGACCUGUGUAAAUGAUGACAACUACAACAGCUAUACUGAAGUGACUUUAGAGUGUCAAGUUAGAGAAGAAACUGUAAAUGGUAAGAGUGAAGUUGUCAAUUACAAUUUAGUUCAGGAUGCUAAAAUUGCUAGGGCAGGUGCAACUUUAGCAUCACAAUUAGGUGUUGAGACUGGUGAUUCUAUACUUGUAGCAACAUUCAGUCCGUCUAGAGGCAUUAGCAAUGAACCCAUGGCAAAGUCAGCAAUUUGUGUAUUUUCAUUGCAGGAAAUAGAAAUUAAGUUCAAUGAAAAUGUACAUAUGUGUUUCAACGGUAGUACUAAAGCCCGUAACAUGGGUUACAUAUCAGGUAUGAUAUCAGAUGGCAAAUGUCCUAGUGUUGGAUCUGUAGGGAACAUUCUUAACUUUUGUGAGGUUGGUCUUAAAAUAAGUGGCCUCUAUCCAAUCAAAACAAUGUCUGUAAUCCAUUGGAAUGACACAUUAGUUACUUCUGUGACCAUGUCAGUAACUGGCCUGCACACUGUCGCUUUCCUUGGGACAAGUGAUGGCAUAUUUAAAAAAGUGUUAAUUGACACUGAAAGAGCAUUAGAAUAUUCCAGUGAAGAACUUUUGCCUGGCCAAAAAAUUCUUCCUGAUACUACUUUGUCACCAUAUCAAAAAACUCUGUAUAUUCUUGGAAAAAAUACAAUAGUGCAAAUACCUACUGAGCAUUGUGCAGAACAUGGGAAUUGUUCUUCAUGUUUAGAGUCAAAUGAUCCUCAUUGUGGCUGGUGUUCUUUAGAAAAACGAUGCACAGUUCAAAGCAUGUGCCAAAAAGGUACUCAAAGUGCACCUAGGUGGUUAUCUCAAUACACAGGUCAACAAUGUAUUGAUUUUGAACAAAUUUUGCCAGACAGAAUAUCAAUGAAUGAAGUAACAACAGUGCAGCUUGUCAUCAGGACUUUGCCAGAAUUACCUUUUGGAGCUAAAUAUAAAUGUGUUUUUGGUAACACACCACCGAUUGAUGCUGCUGUUACAUCAAAUGGUCUUGCUUGUCCUACACCAGAUAUUAAACAUAGGCCCAAAAUUGCAUCUAAUGAAGAUCAUGUGUAUGUUCCUUUAUCUGUACAUUCUUCAGAAACUAAUAAGGAUUUUGUUUCUAGAAACUUUGCUUUCUAUGAUUGCUCCAGACACACAACAUGUCAUUCCUGCAUAAUGAGUGAGUGGGCAUGUAAUUGGUGUAUUUAUGAUAAUCGGUGUACACAUGACACUUCAUUGUGUCAGAGGACCAUAAUUAGUGGAGAAAACAAUCCCACAAAGUUACUCAAUCAUGGCAUAGGACACUGCCCUCGCAUACGACAGUAUAAAAAACCAAUUUUGUUACCUAAUAAUGUUCCAAAAGAACUAGAACUUGAAGUGGAAAAUUUACCUCACUUACAACCAGGACACACGGGAUUUCAGUGUGUAGUAAGCAUUGAAUUGGCAAACAUGAUACUGCCAGCCAGAGUAGAAUCAAAUCAUUAUAUUGUUUGUGACAAAACUACUUAUUCUUAUGAAGAAGAUGUGGGAGAAUAUAAUGUUAGUGUGAAAGUAGUUUGGAACCAUAAACAUUACAUUGACACUGUAACUAUAACUUUAUACAAGUGUGAGAUUCUUGGUUCACAUAGGGAGCAUGCAGAUUGUUCACUCUGUAUAACAAGGAAUUCUAUAUACCAGUGUACUUGGUGUGGAAAUUCCUGUUCUUACAGUGAAACAUGUCUUGAAAACCCAGUAACAGAAUGUCCAAAACCCAGAAUUGAUAUGAUUAAACCUUUAAGUGGGCCAAUCGAAGGGGGCACAAUAGUUACCAUUGAAGGAAGUAACCUCGGUUUAAGAGUUGAAGAAGUAACGGGUAAAGUUCGUAUUGGCGAUGUGCCAUGUGAUAUAGUAGAUUUUGAAGUAUCGGUAAGCAUCACAUGUCGUACAGGACCUUCUAACGGAUCUGCAGUUGCCCCUGUUAUUGUAGAAAAUGAUGCAGGUUAUACUGAAUCUUCAGUCUUAUUUAGUUACAAAAAUAUAAAACUUCAAGGAAUUUAUCCUUCUUUAGGUCCUAUAUCUGGUGGUACUCAAUUAGCAAUUGGAGGCCAACAUUUGAACAUUGGUUCGGCCGUGUCAGCAUACUUAGAUGAGCUGCCGUGUUCAGUAAAUAAAACUCAGACUUCUAAUAGCAGAUUGAUUUGCAUUACACCAAAAGCUAAUGUACCGCGUAUAAUUAAUACGCUCACAGUUGAAAUUGAUAACGCCAAUCGAACAUUGAAUGGUGAUUUAUACAACUAUACAGCUGAUCCAACUGUUAUGGAGAUAAAACCUUUAAAAAGUUUUGUAUCUGGCGGGAGAAUGAUAACAGUUCAUGGCACAAAUCUGCACACCAUUCAAAAACCUCUCAUGAAAUUGUACUACGCUAAUGAACUCGUUCCUGUAAAUUAUUCAGAGUGUACAGUCCUUAAUCCCAAUCAAAUGGAAUGCCCGAGCCCUGCUAUAAAUAACAAAUAUCUCGAUAUAUUGCAAGCUACGAAAUCUCAAACAAGCACCCCGCAAAUAGCUAUGAAAGUUGGCUUUGUAAUGGACAAUGUAGAAACAAUGCAUGACUUAGAGAAAUACUUUAAUCCUCCGCGAACUCAUAUGGUUUUCGUAGAAGAUCCUCAUGUGUAUCAAUUUCCUAACAGAAUCAAGUCUUAUAAAGGAGAUCCUCUAGUAAUCGAAGGCGAAAACCUGAUAAGAGCGAGUGAUGAAUCGGAUGUUGUAGUGACCAUUGGCACCCAGCCAUGUAAUGUCACUAGUCUAACUAUGCAACAGUUACUUUGUACUCCACCUGAGAUACAACCUUCUAACACAGACGAAAAUGGUGUGCAAAUUACAGAUAUCAACUUGCCAUUGGUCGUAGUCAAAAUAGGCCAUAAUCUGCGAUUUCCUAUUGGAUAUCUGCAUUAUGAAUUACUGAAAAAUUAUAACUUUCCUCCAGAGGCUAUUGCAGGAAUUGCAGCUGGAACAUUUUUCUUAGUCCUAAUUUUUAUGAUAGUACUUGUUGUGUAUAGACGUAGAAGCACAAAAGCGGAAAGGGAAUAUAAAAGGAUACAGAUACAAAUGGAUACAUUAGAGAGUAACGUAAGACUGGAAUGUAAGUUGGCUUUUGCAGAACUGCAAACUGAUAUGUCUGAUCUGGCAGCUGAUUUGGAGCAUUCAGGAAUUCCCACACUGGAUCAUGUUAAUUACGUCAUGAAAGUAUUCUUCCCGGGAGUAUCGGACCACCCAAUAUUGAAUGUGCAACGCCAGUUUAUUAACACGCCCAGGACGAAUUACGAUGCAGCCAUGAUCCAAUUUGAGCAACUUUUAAACAAUAAAUGUUUCCUGUUGUCAUUUAUAGACACAUUAGAAUCGCAAAAAUCGUUUAACAUCAGGGACAAAGUAAAUGUAGCUUCUCUGCUAAUGGUAAUCUUGAUGGGAAAAAUGGAAUAUGCUACAGACAUUCUCAAAUCACUUUUAUUACGUCUUAUUGACAAAUCUGUCUUUAAUAAACAUCCUCACAUGAUGCUAAGGAGAACAGAAAGUGUCGUUGAAAAGAUGCUUACGAACUGGAUGGCACUAUGCAUGUACUACUAUCUUAAAGACUACGCCGGAUCUUCAUUAUUUCUGCUCUUCAAAGCUAUCAAGCAUCAAAUUGAAAAAGGUGUUGUAGAUGCAAUCACACACGAAGCUCGAUAUUCUUUGUCUGAGGAAAAACUUUUGAAAGAACAAAUAGAACAUCAAAUAAUUACUCUGCAUAUAGUCCAGGAUGAUUUUGAUGAAAAAGUGCAGUGUAAAGUAUUAGAUUGUGAUAGUAUUUCACAAGUAAAAUGCAAAAUUCUCGACGCAUUGUUUAAAAACACUCCAUUUUCUAUGCGGCCCUCAGUCCACGAGGUAGAUUUAGAGUGGCGUCACGGAAGGGGUGGACACGUAACACUUCAAGAUGAAGACGUAACAACAAAAACAGUCAAUGGCUGGCGCAAAUUGAAUACCUUGGCUCAUUAUGGUGUCAAAGAAUCCGCUGUUAUGUCAUUGAUUCCACGCCAAAACGACACCUUCAACACUCCUUACAAGAUUCCAUGUAAAAAUUGUACAGGAAUAUAUUGCACCAAUUCACAUAUACGGGUAUACAACAGUGACAUUACAGAUCAAAAUGUCCAUUUCUAUCAUUUGGUAAAGCCGCUAGAAUACCACCAUAUCAUCAGCAAAUCUUCAGAACAUAGCCAUAAAGCGAUACCAGAAAUAUUUUUAACAAGACUGUUGUCUACUAAAGGCACAGUACAUAAAUUUGUUGACGAUUUUUUCAGAACUAUACUUACCGUAAAUGAAGUUCUUCCACCUGCAGUCAAAUGGCUGUUUGACCUUUUCGAUGAUGCUGCAAGAGCUCAUGGAAUUAUGAACCCAGAAGUGGUUCACGCAUGGAAGUCAAACAGUUUGCCAUUACGAUUUUGGGUAAAUCUCAUAAAAAAUCCUGAUUUCAUUUUUGAUAUAAACAAAACUGCCACUGUGGACUCGUCAUUAUCAGUAAUCGCACAAACAUUUAUGGAUGCUUGUUCGCUAACAGAACACCGUUUGUGUAAAGACUCACCGUCAAACAAAUUACUGUUCGCUAAAGACUUGCCUACAUACAGAGACAUGGUGAUUCAGUUUUAUCAGGCUGUAUCUCAGUUACCCCAAGUGACAGACCAAGAGCUCAGUACAUCGAUGCAACAACUUUCGGUUGAACAAUUGAAUGAGUUCGAUACACUGUCUGCCUUGAAAGAAUUGUAUAUCUACGUCAGUAAAUAUAGAGAACAAAUUAUUUUAGGUCUAGAAAACAAAAUGCACUUAGCUCAUAAAUUAGAUAAUAUAGCGUGCACUAUGGAAGGCGAUCCUGCAUCUAUAUGCUGACUAUAUGAUACAAAAACUUGUGAUUUAAUUGCAUUUACGUAAUUUAUUUCUAUUUUGUAAAAAAGCUUUAAUUUAUUCUGAAAAAUACUCAGAUUGAAAUCCGAUAUGUAAAAAGUCUGUAUAAUAUCAGUUCCAUAAAUCUAGUUAGAAUGUUAAAAGUUUAUUUUUUCCAAUGAAUAUAAAGUAAAUAAAUGAUAAGAUUAAAAUUAUUAAUAAUUUACGUAAUAAUACUUUUAGGAAUAUCUCAGUGAUCAUUUAUCACAAUUUCAGUGAUUAUGUAAAAAGGAAUCUUAAAUAUUUGUAUGCAUUUAUUUACUCUCCCAGUGGCCAUAUUUCAUGUGUCCAUGUUAUUUUUAUAAUUUUAGUGUUACUUGUACAUUAGUACAUAAUUCUCUUUGAAGACUUAAGGUUAGAAAAACAUGUCUUGGCACUAAAAUCUAUUUUGUAACUUCUGUAAAUUAAUUACUCUAAUAUAUGAAUCUGAAAUUACCUACUUUACUAUGAAUGUGUAUUGUAAUUAUAAGAUUUGUAUUGUAAAGAUACGUAAGAUCAUAUUUAAGACAUGUUGUGAUAUUUGUACUUGGAAUAUUAGAGAAUUGAGAUUUAAUUAAUCAAUAAUCUCGUAACAUUGUCAUACUGCCAUCUAUGACCAAAACUUUCACAUGGGUUUCGAUUCUCUCUCAUACUUAUUAAGUCAUAAUCUAAUUUUAGAAAAGUUAGCGUCAUGUCAUGAGUGAACAUAAUGUUACAUCCCUACAUUUAUAUAUUUCUAACAGUACAUUUUUUAUUUUUAAGUAUAUACCUUUUGCUAUUUCCAUGACAAACCUUUUAUCACCAUUAAUUAAAAAAGUUUUCUAAUACAAGCGAGUUAUAAACCAGGUACAACCUGUCCGAAAUGUAAAUUAUACAUAUAUUGUACGACUUGAUCUCAUUUUUGUUGCUCAACGUCUAUUUACAUAGUCAAUCAGUCCUGGUUAGUUCACUUAUUUAAAUGAUGUAACAUUAAUUUGCAAUAUUCCACCUACAAAAUACCUAAUUUAAGUAUUAGAUGUAACUUAAUAGAUUCUAAGGCAGCGUAAAUUCA